AUGUUCACACAUGACCAUUUAAAACCAUCUCUGUAAUCUCUUUUCUUCUCUCAGACACCUGCAGAGGUGAGGGAUUAUACGCCUCAGUGGAGACAAAACAAGGACUUCAACAGGUAGGACUGAAAAAAACUAAUAGAUCUGUGAGACACAGGUGUUUGUCAUCAUUAUUAUUUAUUCUAUCAGUGUGUUUUUGUUUACUUUUACUGUUAUAGACAAAAAUGUCCAUGAAGUGUAUAACGAAUCAGUAUUGGAAGGUCUUAGACAUGUUUUGUCAAAUGUCUUGGGAAGUACUUGCAAUAAAGAGUUAGACCUCGACUUUCCUCGACCAAACCAACUCUCUCUCUGACUUGGAAAGCCAUCCCUCCAGCUGGUCUAUUCAUACAUCUAAAAACUUCUCUGUCAUCAGCAGCCAUGGUGGAUGCAGCAGCUGCAGAGCAGUUCCUGGAUGCAAACCCACAGUUUGCAAAGCAGUACUACGACAUCAACUUCAGACCUAAAGUCAUCUCAGACCUGCUGGACAACAACAGGAAAGCGGCGGUGGACUUGAGCCAAUACCACGACCUGACCAUGGUGGAGGAGAGUGAGGUCCUCUUUGACCUGGUGCGGGACAUCCAGGACAACCUGCAGAUGGAGAAGUCCAUCUUCAACCUCAUGAGACAUCUGAGCUUCAUCAUGAGAGCCGACCGCAUGAGCCUCUUCAUGUACCGCCAGAGGAACGGAGUGGCGGAGCUCGCAACCAGGUCACAGGGGGGUUUGAGGGAAACAUCACAUUACUUUUUCACAUUAUUUUUUAUUUUGAAAAUUGAAUUGUAACAGUUUGGAAGAGAAAACAGACAUUUUGGACGAUGAUCACUGUCAGCUGAAUCUCCAGGGAACCGUAUUGGAUGGAAACAGAUUUUCUUUCCCUCUGGCACGCUGCUUCACAUUCAUACAACUCCAGACACUUACAUUUGGCAGAUUAUAUAAAGCUUACAUGAAAUUCAAGUGGAGCAUUCCUCCUGAUUCUGGCACACUUGAUGUAAACAGACCUUUCCAAACCCAAAUAAGAGCAGAACUCUAGUGAGGAGGAGGAUGCAGAUCCCCUGAACUUUUGAGACAGAGUUCCUGCCAAGUCAUGACCUCUGAAAAAAAGAUUUAAAAAGUUAAAAAAAACUCCUUCAGUAGAACAACAGGAUAAUCCAAGUGUUUUUUCUUCACUUCCAGGUUAUUUAAUGUCCACAAAGACGCAGCCUUCGAUGACUGCCUGGUGCCUCCUGACAGUGAGAUCGUUUACCCGUUGGAUAUCGGAAUUGUGGGUCAUGUUGCGACCACCAAGAAGAUGGUCAACAUUCCUGCAGCGUCUGAGGUAGAUGACUAAUAACACGACAGUCGUUUGUGUUUGUUUUCAGUUUGACUGUGGUUCUCUGGAAAUCUGGUGCUGACAGAGACAUCAGAGCAAAAUAUCUGUUUAUGAUUCUUGAUAUUCACAGGUUUGAGAUGUUAAACUGCAGAACAAGGCCAAAGUGUUUUCUGUGUAAACGAGUCUCCCACUUGAACUUACCAAUGCACAAAAUCUAAAAGUUUAAAGAUGUAAUAGAAAAGCAAGGACAAAGAAAAACAGAACAAGAGUCUUUUUACUUCAGGGGGAACAUCUCCUCUCCUACAUUUCCCAGACUUUUUAAUAAAUAUUUGAAAAGGGAACUGUACAAUGAUCAUCAUCAAGAGAUGUCAGUGCACUGAUGUUUUUCAUUUAAAGACCUUCUCUAAGAUGUUUGAGAUCCCAGGAGAGUAAAGGUAGUUUACAUUUAUAAAAGUCAAAACAGUUUUUUAAGUAAAAAUAGCAGCAAAUUUAUGAGCUAGUGAAAUCCAAACCACAUACUGACAAAACCUGUUAAGGGUACAUCAGCAUGUUAUUUUUUACUAUUAUUACUGUAGACAUGAUUAUAUAUUUGUUAGGGGUGGAAAUUAAGUAAGUAUACUUACUCAUAGUGGGUUUUUUUGUAUUUACUUUGGUAUUUUUCUGUUAGUGUGUUGUACUUUAGUUGCUACACUCCCAUUUCAUCAGUUACCAAGUAAAAAAAAAAACACUAACACAUGGAAGCUUUCUAUUGGCUGUAUGACAGCCUGCUGACUGGAUGAAAUCUACUCUGCAAAACACCUCAGACUUAAUAAGUGAAAUGAACCUGUUUCUGUUUAUUUGUGUAAACGUUGACCACGCAGGUUCAAAUAUGAAUAUUGUUUCAAGACAGUUUUCAUUCUAAGUUCCCUGAAGUGACAUGGAUGGUAUCCUGUUAUAAGAAACUUAUCAAGAAAGCUUGGCUUGCUUAACUUACAGACAUUUUACUCAUUACAAUAAAAAAGUCUAUUAUCUUAUUUGGCUUAGCAAGGCUUUCUGCACAGUUAGUCAUGACUUGAGUGUGCAAGAAUCGUCUACAAGAAGUAAUACUGAGAGAAACAGCUGCAAAAUAUUGAUUAAAAAAAAAUCUAUAUGUAUUAAUGCUUUUGGUGAUAUUUCAGCAACAAUACUGUGGAGAUAUGCUUUUACAUUAUUUGGGCGGCUUAUUUUACUCCCUCCACUUAGUUUAAGUGUGGACUUUGAACCUAUGUCACAUCACUAAUCAGGUAUAUUUGCCAUGGAAAAUGUAAAAAUAGAUGAUGAUUAUUAUUAUUAUUAUUAUUAUUAUUACUAUUUCAGUGAGGACUUUUUAGUUUGUGGUUAUUUUUGACGUCCCCGAAUCUGACUUACUGUCCUUCACAUUUAUUUUAAUUUUUUUGUGACAACACUGAGUUUAUAGCAAUUACUUUGUGUUGUGAUUGUCCACCUGUUGAUUUCCAUUGAAACAGUCUAAACUUUGUGGUCCUAUUAUCCAUUUGAAGUAGAUCCACAGCUUUAAAUUUGAAAUGAUGAGCAGAAAAUUAUAAAGUAUUGAUCUCUCUCAUGAAAGAAGGAGAAAAACCUCUGACUUCUCUGAUCUUAAUUUUCCUGAGGAAUCUAUAUCAAACUUGUCUACUGCUGCUCUGUCAGUAUGUGACCACCAGAUGGCGCCCUGUUGCCAUAAAAUCCCUCCCUCUGUCUUCCUCCCUUCAACGCGCGCUCAAUCUCAUUACAGCCGGUACCUUUGACAUUUGAAAAUGGCUCGCCAGCUUAUUCCCGUGAACAUUUUAACUUUGUCAUGCUCCUGCAGGUCCACCAACUUCUCCUCCACCCCCUCCACCCUUCCACCCGGGCUGUUCCUGCACCGGCUGCUGUUGUGACAUUUACACUUAAUAAGGCAGCAGCCCACUCCGCAUAACUGAUGGAUUUACAAGGCCUCCGCUGUAUCAGUUCAAUCACUUCCUUUCAUGGGAGAUUAGAAAGCUCAGCUGCUGAUGUACCAACAAAACCGAGCCGGGUCGAUUGUUCCCAUUUGGUGGUUUUAUCUGCUGGUUCUGCUGCUGCCAGGCCCGGCCGGGUGUGCCUUCGCAGUGAGAACAAACAUCAUCCUCACGCUGUUUUAAAACCUCUGUCCGUCACGCCGCAGCCUCGCACAAACACAUGAAAGCUUGAUGGGAAAUGUGGCGACUGGAAAGAUAUCAAAGCCUCCAAGCCUCCCCAGUCGCAGCGAAGCAAGAGCUAAUGUUUCCAUAUAAUUGCAUGGCUUUAUGAUGCUAAUGCACCGAGGACGGCCUUUCACAGAGUGAUGCAGAGACUUGGAAUCACUGCCUCCCUCUGCGAACUGCUUCCAUCUCAGUCCUAUCCGGAGCACAGCCGCUCAAUCAGCCAGGAUCCCCGUCGCUGGAUAGGGAUUGUGUUUCUCUGGGAUUACGCACUGAGGCCUCAUUUCUCCCGCUGCCUCCUUCAAACUGAGCUGAAUCAUUUCAACAUUUACCAACCCAUAACGCUGUUCGUAGAGCCCGUUGUUUGAGGUGUGACACAGGAGGGCUGUGCGUGCGAGGAAGGUGGAGAGCGUCAGCGACGAGGGGGGGGAGGUUUGCAGAUGACGCUAGUUAAUCUGUCCUGAAUUAGAGCGAUCCCAGAUUACUCCCAGAGGUCACACAGGCCCUGAGCCAUUUUCACAGACUCAGCACUACGACACACACCUUUAAUCUGCUCCGUUACCCUCUAUUGUCGCAACUGGAGCAGAAACUCCCAGAAAUCUACUUAAUGUCUCACAAACCGAGAAGCUGAAUUAGCCAGAGAGGAAAUUUUUGUUUUUGAAUAACUAUCUACAAAUAAAAAUCUGUGCACUUAUGAGCUAUUUUUACUUAUUUUACCGAUUAAAGUGAAUCUCUGUUAUAUUCCUACAUGGUUAUUUCACUGUUUACAUGAAUAGUAAAGGUACUAAAGCGUUUAAUCUUCAUUUUUAAAUAUUCAUAUUCAAACACAUCUCGUGCUUGGAUAAUACUCCUAAAGUGUAGAGCUGCUGGGUAAAGGUCAACACCAAGCUUCAGCUGAGGAUAACAAGCAGGAUAAAAACUUCUCCAGGCUCUAGGGGGUCAAAGGUCAGCCAAUAACAAGCUGUCAAACUGCCCAGAUCUUUGCGGCGGGGUUAUUUGUAAGCUGUAUUAGGCCGUGGUUGAAUCAGCUACUGUACUGUGCAGAUCCAGGAUCAGCCCGGUCUCCCUCUGAGUGCUUUUCUUUUUCAUUUCCUGCUUCUUCUGCGAGUUGAGAGACGAGUUGAGACUUUAAAACACAAAGGAGGAUUAACUAACUCAGCGCGUAGCUUGUGGUGAUGAUUGCCGCACAAAUCUCAUUACUGUUGCUGAAACUGACGCGUGAAUCAAAAAUAAAGAUGGAGACUGACACAGGGCAGCGCUGUACUUAGACUUGCAGUUUAUUGACUCAUUUUAAGAUAUGAGAGGGGCUCGCUCACUGCUCAGAUUUCUUCUCUUUGCAUGUGGCUGCAGCAGUUUCAAGGCUUCCAUGAAACUUUAAUGAUGCACAUGUUUAACUUUGAGGAGUUUGCGCCUCUGGGGGGUGUGAGGUUGGUAAAAGAGAAGAUGAAGUAGUAGAGCAGUAGUGAUUUUAGAGCAUAUGUGUGUGUCCCGGCGCGUUAGCUCAUUGCCAUUAAGAAAAACAUUGACUUUCCACGCUGUCAUUUACCUAAAGGUGGGGUAGUCAGGAUCUGAGGAAGUUCCAGUUUUUAGGAGAAAUCUUGAAUGUAAACUCUACCCCUCCAAACCAGUUUUCCCCUCAGCUCCUCCUCUCCCCUCCCUCUCUGCUCCAGCAAGCCCCGCCCACAAACAGACGCUCCUGCUCGCUCGUAUCGUUCCAAUUAAAUUCCGAUAUAAUGCAGAUAAAUACUUCAGAUAAUUACAAAUGGGGCCCAGUCAAGGUGAAAGUCAAAAGCAUUGGUGCUACUGUAGAUGCCAACAGACUACCAGCAAACACAAUGUUUGCAGGACUUCUACAACUAGGAUAAAGUGACAUAGUCCAGGACCCGAGGGAGGACAGUUUAGCGAUGGCGCUACAACACGCUACAGCAGGUCCGUUUGACAAGAAACACUUCUGUUACAGACACUUGUCUUACUUUGUUAAAGCGGUUAUACCUGUCCAGCAGAAAGGUUACAGGGUCACCAAGAUCCCCAAGCGUCCCCCAUCGUUUAUGUUGACCCGGCUUUUUAGCUCUUGUCCGGUCUACCUCCGUUUUAAGCGCCCGUUAUUCCUCCAGAGUCUCCGGUAUUUACUUUGUUUUCUUGCUUGUGUCGGCAGUUGUGGCUAAAGGAGGAUUUGGACAAUCUUCCAUACUUUCUGGUUGGUUUCUACUGUUCGAUAUCAUAGCACGCUAACUUUGUUUGGGCUCCUGAACGACACGGGGGAGCAGCGUCUGCCUCACAACCAAUCAGGUUAGAGGAGGUGGAGAACGGCUUUGUUUACAGUCAGAAAGAGCGGAGCGCUCUGAAGUUUUAAAAUGUUGACUACACAGACAUAACAAAACACAUCGAUACUGUUAUAUUACCAAAUGUCAUCAAUAACUCUUAACUAUUGACUGACAUUAAAGGUUUUUUGUAUAUACACCACCAAAAAAAGAUGCUUCUUCAACGGAUUCCUGCCUACCCAACCCUUUAACGUUAAAAAAAGCACAUGUGAUGGUAGGAUCUGAUUAUAGCAUAAAAAGAAAUAAUAAGCUUGAGCAUAGAAGAAGAAAACUGAGUCUUUUUGAGAGAUUAAAGGGUUAAUGCAACUAAAUAAGAAGUUGUUUAGUGAGUCAGACCAAGGUACAAAAGCAAGGCGCUGACAUGGACCAACAACUUUGAGUUCAAAAAUCUGACCUCAGUUUUUAUCCAAGAACCCGUGUCUCAUAUUUUUCUCCUCCUCUGUGAGUAAGUAAGAACUUCACGCUUGUGUGGACUCUACUGGGCUUCAGCCGUGUUCUCCAGUGUGAUCCUGGGAGAUAACUGGUUUGGAAAUGGACACUUUUCAUCUUUCAGUCCGGUCCUGUUUGGCCCACAGGUGCGCCGCAGAUUGGUAGUCAGCUCAAAGUGAGAAACUUUAGUGAGCCAUGUGGGGAGGCUUCGUCUACAUUUUUGACUGGUACUUUGGGUUAAUGGCUUUUUAUAGUUGUCUUAAGCAGUAUGGUAGACCACCGUCUUGGUGAUUUUGCCUCACUUUAACAUUUUUUUCUCUUACAGCAAAUAAAGCUUUAACGUAGAUCAUUUUGGUGCAGAGGGCUGCAAAGGUGUCUCAUUCUGGUGUUAUUUUGCAGCCUGUAAAAUGCUAAAGAUAAUACUCCUACCUUCAUGAGUCCUUACCUGACACUAACCAAAAAGUAAGAUCUGAACAAAGAGUCAAAUCUGGCCGUACUCAAACAAGGACUCUGCCACCAAUUUAGUUCCCUGAGGGUGGCUCUCUGCAGUUUUCUGUUCCCUUUUUUGUGGUUAAUGAGCUGCUCUUCUUCUGUUUCACCCCUGGAGGAACACAAUUGAUGACCCCUGCUGCACGAGAGGAGCAGUAGGUGGAGUGCAGCAGAGAGGGCCUUAAGUUUGGGGAUAAUGGAAGGCCUUUGCUAGCAGCGUUUGCAGACAGAAGUAAAGAGGGGUGUUCGUCAAAGCCUAGUCUGGAAGUUUGGAGGAGUGCGGGGCAAAGAGCGGGCAAUUAGAUACAAUCAAAUCCUUUUUCUCUGUCCUUAGAGCCCUCAUUUCAGUGACUUUGUGGACCAGCUGACUGAGUAUCAGACCAAGAACGUCCUGGCAGUCCCCAUCAUGAACGGGAAAGACAUGGUGGCUGUUAUGAUGGCUGUCAACAAGGUGGAUGGACCGCACUUCACCGCCAAGGAUGAGGAGGUAACAACUUCUGCAACCAAUCCCGGAAAGAAACUCUGACAACAGUUCAAUUUAGGGAUUCAGUCACUUGGAUAAAAAAGUUUCAGUUGGAGGAAUCAACUCUCUAAACUUUCACAAAGUUCAGUGAAAAAAUAUCAGAGUUAUGGUGAUUUAAAGGUGGAGUGUGGAGCAGAAACGGGAAUGUUAAGUGAUAUCUCGCAGUCAGAUUCGGGUCUUAUGCUCACCCCUCCUGUCAGUGAAGUGCUGUUGAACUUUCUGUGAUGCAUAAUAAGUCUGAUCCUCCAUUUCAGGUUUGUACCAUCAUAUACACCUGCCAACACCGAUUAUUUUGGUUUCUGCCUCAGUCUUUGUUGUGCUCUGACCUCCAAUAGUUACCGCUAUUCAGCAUUUAUAUUGUAACACAAAUCUAAAAUCCAGGUACAUCUAAAAGUUCUGAAAGGAGAACAUUUUUCAGCCUGUCAGAAACUGUUUAAAGAGAGAAAGGUUUGGCCACCACAAUGAGGGAGUCACAAUUGAAAGGAUAUAGUGAAUAAAUAAAUACGGCCAAAACAGUCAAAAUAUGAAGUGAAAUGUUUUUGCACAGCCAGUCAGAAGUGAAAUGUUUGAAAUACUUCCUCAAUCAUGCCCUGACAUGACCAGUUAACAGUUUUGGACCUCUAUCAAAGUGGCCUGAACACCUGCAGCCUCAAUACUGCAGAGAAAUGAUACGUUUCUGUGUUGAGAAAGAUGAGGAUGUUUCACUUUUAGUUUAACGUAAAAAAAAAAACAGGAUUUCUCUCUGCACUUUUGGCUCAAAUAUGAUAUUUGCUAAUAUGUCAUAUAAAACCAAAUAUAUUUGUGGAUAUUGGUGUGCCUUUGCGAAAGAAGAAACCUCAAACCUCAAACCCUGUGCUGUUUUCUUCCAGGCCCUGAACAAGUAUUUGAACUUUGCCAACCUGCUCCUGAGGGUUUUCCACCUGAGUUACCUGCACAACUGUGAGACCAGGAGGGGACAGGUGAGGCGGCCGUAGAGCAAGCUAAACUUUGUCAAGUCUUUCCUUUUUAAUAUCCUAAUCUGCCUUUUUGAGAAUCAGUUGGAAUUAAUUUGUCAGGCGAGCUGAACGCGUCCCCCGUCUGACCUUUUUUAAUCUGAGAUCUGAUGCUUUUGAAGAGUCGGUUUGAGGAGCAAAGAGAGGUUCACGGAUCCACGUUUUCACUCUUAAUGAGUCAGUGUUUGAGUUAGAGAGAGAGAGGCAUGCAACCAACUAAUAAGAUGUCUCUAAAAACUCAAACUAGGACUACAGCUGAUCUAUCUGUCCUGUAAAUGAACUUUGAAGCCUUCUUUUUUUAUCUUCUCCUUCUUUUUUCCAGGUUCUUCUUUGGUCGGCCAGCAAAGUGUUUGAGGAGCUGACAGACAUCGAGAGGCAGUUCCACAAAGCCCUGUACACAGUCAGAGCUUUCCUCAACUGUGACCGUUACUCUGUGGGUCUGCUGGACAUGACCAAGACCAAGGUGGGUUACCAUAGAUACACAGCCAGAGUCGAGGGUAGGCUGACACACAAACAAAACAAUUAAUAAAGAGAUCAGCGAGCAGAACCCUCAUCCGCGGUCUGGAGAUCUCUAUCUGUACUGUCUUAGAUGUUUCAAGUGUACCCUGCUGGGUCCAAGAAAGACCCGAGUGGAGGAGGGAAACUGACUGAGAUUAAUAGUGAAGCCUCUUUAUGACCAACAAAAGCAAACAAGACCAUCAGUGACAAGAUUGAUUAUUUCUAUACUGUCAUUUUUAAUGACUGCCACAGGGCGUGAGAGGAGAUGAUUUACAGCAGCAGGAGGAGGAGGAAACAGCCUUUCUCUGCGUUUCCAAAAGACGGUGUUUGAAAUGUGCGAUACAUUUCACUGCUUCAAGAAAAUCAAGAUGUGAUUCAUCAACAAACAGCGCCGCAAGAUGAACAGAGAGAUAAAUAUUCAAGUAAAUCUGGUGCAGCUGAUUUUGAACUGAAAAAGACAGAAUUUCUAACACUGCUUUUAUUUUAUUUCCCUCUGGAUUCAACUCUUCUCUGUAGACAAUAAGACACACUUUUACAUCAACAAAAAACUGUGAUAGUAACACAAAACAACACAAACGUCAAAUAGGAGGGUUAGUAGACUCGCUGGAGCAUCAUCCUUAGUUUGUGUUUAGUCUUGAAAUGACGUGAGCCGGCGUUAUGUGACCACCGGAAAGAAAUAUGAUUGACUUGUUUUAAAAUCGAUUCCUAUGACUGUGUUUUACAUCUGAAUUCAGCCAAUCAAAUUUGAGCAACCUGGAACAUACUGCCUGAAUUUUGUCACCUGUAUUUUGGCAUCUGACGUUUGGUUUUUAUUCUGAAUUUGUGAACACUUGAAAAUGAGGGUGUGAAUUAUUUAUUGAGAACUUGAAGAGUUUAAUUCAUUGGCAAAAAUUCAGAUGGAUGGUUUAAAGGAAUGAAUACUGAGUGUUUUUCAUUUCAAAAUCAGAUGAUAGAGGAAACAAAAUCAACACAAACUACGAGUUCCUCUCAGUGACAUGGCGUCUUGGGAAAAACAGUGACCACUGUACAUUCAAAUAAACAUUUAUAUAAUCGUAAGAACAGGCACGUCUGUUUUUGCACCGCUCUCAUCCCAUCAGAGUUUUGAUGAGAUCUGUUUGUGUUGUUUCCUCCUCGUCUACUUUUAGAAGAAGUUAUUUUCAGUCACUCCUCAGAGGUUUCUCCGCCUGAAUUUUCCUACUGCAGUCUAAUUUUCCAUGGUUGCAGCCCUGAGUGUCAGCGAAAGAAGUAACGCUCGAACCGUCUUUUAUCAUUGCUAUACAAUCCUCGCGUAUUUGUCAUAACUAACGCGCCGUCAUAAACUCUACUUAUUGGCUUUGGCUGUUACCUAAUUAGAGGCAGCUGCAAGUUGAUUCCUAACACCUGCUAUCUGAGAACAAACACAUGUUGUCUGCCUGCACAGAUGGCUGUCUGGUAACAACACUGGAUUUCAUGAAUAAAGCACUAAAGAAGAAACAAAAACUAGUAACUCUGCUUUUUUGAAAACUGUGCACUUUGUGGAGAGAGAGCAACAAAUAUUACAGAGUCAUAAAAGGCUGCUGGCAUUAGCAUUUCCAGGCUGAGCAGUGCUGCCGGCUUUAUCUACAAUAAACAGCUAUUUCCUCCAAAUAAUGAAACAACAGCAGAGAAGCAGCAGCAGCAUCGAAAUCCUUAAUUUUGUUUCUCUGUCUUUGUGUUUGAAGGAGUUUUUUGACCUGUGGCCUGUUCUGAUGGGAGAAGUUCCUCCGUAUGACGGACCCAAAACUCCUGAUGGCAGAGUGAGGAAAUAUUCAUCACUCUCACUCCAGUUUUUUCUUCUGUUAUAGCUCCUUCUAUUAAAUCCUGCACUCCAUCUAUUGAAGUCUGUUCAAUUCCUUUGUUCCUCCAGGAAAUAGUCUUCUAUAAACUGAUUGACUACAUCCUACACGGCAAAGAGGACAUCAAAGUCAUACCGUAAGUCACAGCAGAUAUCGAGUUUGUAGACAUGAAGAGAAGCAGAGCAGAGACGAGCAGAUAUGCAGUGCUGCUCUUCUGUCCUGGUCAGUAGGUAAUUGUGAUUCACAUGCAGCUUUUAAGAGCCAAUUUCAGGGUCAGGAUUGUUAUUUAGGAGGAAAAAUCAAGUGAAGAAUAGGGGUGUUUACUCAAAGACAUACAAUCUGAUAUCUACCAGUGCCAACACCCUUUAGUGGACAGGAGAGAGUUUGGCUGUUAAACCAAGGCCUGCAACAAGAUAGACGAAGACCGUAGGCUGUAAGAUAUUUUUAUUCAUUUUUUAAAUUCAUUUUAUUUUAUGACAUGACAUGACAUGACAUGGCCAGAAGAAGCAGCUUUGUUCUCUUCAGAUAGAUGCAACUCUUGCUUUUGUAUCUCUUCAUGUUGCACCAUUAAGGCUGCAAACUACAUUUCAUUGGAACCUGCUGCAAUGACAAAGAAAAUAUUAUUUCAUUUCAUUCUUUUUCUUUCCUCUCCUUCCUUUCCUUUCCUUUUUCUUAUUGUGCAAAAUUAGAAGGCUCUCACUAGCAGCAACUAAAAGUAAACAACCAAACCCUAACAGUAAAUUAUAUAAAAUUAAAGGUUGUACGUUGCAUCUGUGGUUGUAAAUACGAACAUCAGUGAUGACGGUUUGAAAGCAUAGACUGUAAAACAUGGACACAGUCUCACCCGUCGGUUUCUGAAGCAGAGUUUUUGACAGUCUGAGCUUUUCAUUGCUGUUAGGGAGUGUGAUGACAGUGAGCACAAGGGAGUACCUGAAGCUCACAGUUUUGCACCUUGGUAGGAUGUGACCCAUCUGCUAAAGUUCAUCUUGGAGAGGGUGAGAGUGGGUAUCCAGGAUGACCUGAAUUCAGUUAAGACAUUUCUACAAACAUGAGGUAUAAAAUAAAUGUGAACAUCACGUUUGUCUCUUGGGAGAAAAGCUGUCGGAGAAAAAUCAUUGUCAUGUUUUUCUCCCUGACAAAAUCCAUCAUGACAUCUGCUGUUUAAUUCAAAAGAAGUAAAUAUAUUUACUUUGAUUCAUGGUAAAUGGAUAACAGUAACAUGAGAGGCCAGAUGCAGCAUUACAGCCAUUUCCCCUGUUUGUGGUUUCAGUGACAUUUUGAUCCUGUAGUUUUCCCGCUCUUGUAAACAUGAAUAACUCGUGUUCAAACAGAAUAAUUUAACCAGUGUUUACUGAAAGUUGUCUGUUCUAUUUGCUUUCAUUGUAUUACACGACAUUUAUCCCCCCUGGCAGAGUAAUUUUAUCUCAACACUCAGAAGGAAAACAGUGAUACGCAGUUGUUUUACCUGCUGUUGAUAAAAUCAUAAAUUGAAUUUUCUGCCUGUCUCGUCUGUUCCUCCCUCAGGAAUCCUCCAGCAGAUCACUGGGUCCUGCGUACCGGUCUACCCACCUAUGUAGCAGAGACUGGACUGGUUAGUGCCGGUUUUUCCUCUCUCUAUUUCAGUUUGGUUCUCACACGACACAACCACCUGGCAGCAUCCUGUGGUCAUGGCAGUGUUAUUACACACUGUCUAGUUUGUUUAUAUCAGCUCACAUUUGCAGAUUUGGCAGCAGGAGCUGAACAAUAAGGAUGGAAAGUUAGAGUUUAUCCAGCAGGAGCGGAGUGAGAAGGAUCCAUAGCACCAUUGUAUUCCUUAUUUUUGAUCUGGAUGGAGUAAACAAUGCCAGUAGGAGGCCAAAGCAUGACUCUUUAUCAUCUCCUCUCAUUCUCUAACCUCCUGGGAAUGAGGAGUUGGGCGUGUUAACUCCUCCAUGUCCUCUUUCUUGCACCUCUCUACUGGUUCCCCUCCCUCAUUUUUACUCUUUUCCCUCCUUGAAAUUAGAGAGCAGGGGGAGGCAGAGUGUACAUUGACAGGGGAUGAGCUCUAGUCCAAGCAGGACUCUCAUCUUGGCUCUGUUGUUCCUGUUUUCCUCCGUCUAACACCUCUAGUCAGUUCAGGGUCAGUGGCACAUGCUGGACGACUGUCAUUGUCCCGUUUUACAAGCACAGAAAAGAUCAUCCACCGGUCGGACAGCUAGUCCACACAUGAAUAUUUCUGCUUCCCAUCAUGGCGCCGACAACACUGGAUCUUUUGAUAAUCUGUCACAGCAGCUGGUGCAUCUGGACCAAAUCUUGACUUCAGGACAAAAUCCCCCUCCUGGUUUCUCACUCAAACUUUUUGGGAGCAACUUUUCUGCUGUGCAGGCGUCCAUGUAAACCCACUGUCCUUUAAAGUGUCUUUAUUGCCAAAAACCUCCAUUUUAAAGCUGUGGGUGGUCAGACGAGCAGAACGCCAUUAGGCCUUAUUACACAGUUGUCAGUGUGCACACGGUCGUGGAAAUGAAAAGUGCUCAGCCCCACGCUGCUGUGAUGUAUAAUUGUAAUUUCUGCAGCCGUUGUAAUUAAUCACACUGCUUUCUCCAAACUGCUGAGCCUGCCGCUGCUCAUCUAUCUAUCUAUCCCCCCUGUUUCUUCCUGUCUGUCCUUCCACCGCAGCCCUGUCCUUUCAGCGUCUUUGGCACGUGUCAUUUUUUAACUGUAACAUGAUCUUUCUGCUCAAACCUUGUCCUUUUUUCCUCUACUCUACAUCAUGUUUGAGGUGAAAGCUCAGUUUCUGCACAGAGCCACCUUUCCAUAAAUCCAGGAGAGAAAGACAUGUCAGAUUGACACUAAUGGUUUUGGAUGUGACACAGGAGCUUUUGAAUGGAUUCCUGCGGAGCAAUAAAACUUCUUGUCAACUCCUGAAAAUGACUGACGGACACUCAGACCUAAAAAGCUGAAGCUGAAGCUUUUCAUGAGGGAACAAACAUGGCGUCCUCGUGAAUCAGAUAAACUUCUUAUUUUUGUAGCCAGCUGUUCUUUUGCAGGAUGUCGUCAUCCUUUGCUCUCAUUUAUCUUUUUGUUUUCAUUUUUUUAUCACAGAUUUGCAACAUCAUGAAUGCAGCUGAAGAUGAGUUUUUCAACUUUCAGGUGAGAUGGCUGGGUUUUUCUGGGAUUAGCUCGUGAAUUUUUCAUGUAUUUUGGGAAAGCACUGGUAUGAAAGCAAUAAAAUUCAACAAAAACCUAAAAGAAAAAUAGAUUUUUUAAUAACCACCAAAUGCAAACCCCAAACGCCUUAAACAGAAUUGUACAAUGUUGAGAUUCUGUACCAUGUUUUGCUGCGGUAGCUCCAGCUGACCUGUCUGUGUGGCAUGUUAUCAUCUCCAGAGGUCAUCUAAAAUCAGAUAAAGGGUUACACAAAAAGCCAAAUUUAGAGCACAACGAUAUACAUACAGCUUUAAAUAUCCUGACAUUAACAUUACUGUAAGAUCUGUCUGUAUAUGUUUGAUUGGACCUGCAAAAUGGGCAAUUUUCCUUGAAUUUGAGAUAUUUCUUCAUAAAUUCUCAAAUUUCUUUCAUCCACUCAUGAUGAGGCAGUCCUCAAGUGGAGAAAAAUGUGGGUACAUCGCUAAAAAAUGAAGCUUUCUUAAUUCCAAAAAAAAGGAUUUCAUACAGCUUUGAUACAGUUACACAAUCUGGAAUGACUCAUUUGUUAUGACCUGAAAUAAACACUCACAUCUCAGCCUUGAAUUUCACUUCCAUGAUGCUUCAAAUCUCUUAUUUUUUGUCGACGCUUUCAGAAAAAUCAUAAUUCUACAACAAUUUUGCUGUUAAAAUUGUGGGAAAAGGUAUUGCUAGUAUUCUCCCCCUCUGAAAUAUGCAAAUACACAAUAUUAUAGUGAACAGAUGCUGUUUAGCGCCACUGUUAUAAAGCUGUUGUUAAAUGAAUACCUCUCUGACAGCAGCGGUAGAAAGAGGAGAUUAUUAUCAUCGUAAAGACAGAACUAUUGGCCGGGCUGUUUUUAUUGCUUCACAUUGGACGAUGAAAACCCACCUGGUAAAGUGGUGGCUUGGUGUACAUUUGCAUUUAUUUCUUUUAAUGACACUUUGGUCGAAACACCAUCAACAUCCAUCCUCCCAAUAUGAUUAAAACGAUAAUGUGCGUUUAUCUAGAAAAGACUACAUCCAGCAGGCCUCAGUGUUUGCUCGGUUGUUUCUGUGCGAUAAGAGAGAUCAUUUUUCUCAUUAUCUCUAAUCUGAUUUUUUUAUAAGUAAUAGAUGGCAUUAUCAUUCUGCCAUCAGAUUACAGUAAUUGCAUCACAUACAAGCCUUUUCUCUGGAAUAAUCUGAAUAUAAUAAACCAAGAGCGCAUGUUAGAUUCAUGUAUUAAACACUCCUCAUUGCUUCAGAAUGAGCUCUUAUGUGUCAUAGAAAUCCACGGUGGAACAAUCAAUAGGAGCGGUUCCUCCAUACAGUCCUAAUUAAAUAAAACGGUAUGUCCUUCAUUCACUGAUCCUCUUGGUUUAAAUGAGUUUCCUGAGGGCUGUAAAGCUCCUAUUAUAUUUGUCCUUAUUAAACUGAUACAGUGGCGGCCAUCUUUACUGCUCGAACAGUGAGCCCGGUCUGAAAAUCCACCUUUUUCUCACAUAGUUCAAUGUCUGUCUGAAGUUCUUUAAGAUACUUUUACCACAAUAUUCACCAAUGUUGUUAAAAUCUGUUUUAAAAACCUGCUAAAGCUUACUAAAUGGACUGAAUUUAGAUCAUCUGAUUAGUAGAUUUUAACAAGGUUUCAAUACAGAGCACAGAACCUGCAGAGGUGAUAAGUUCUGAAAAUUUUCAGCUCUUGGGUCUUGUUGAACCUUUUCGUAUUAUUGUUAUAAAGGAGUAUGACCCAUAUGUAAAAAUUGAGCUUAUUUAGUUGUUAUCACCCUCACUUAAAUGAUUUUAAAUCUUCUUUUCCUGCUGUAAACAAACAGACAUCAAGUUGUGAAUGCAUUGGUAUUAUUACGUUUUGGUCCUGCAGAGUCUGUGAUCAAAGCCGUAUCCAUGGCAACACUGUGUUCUUCAUAACAACUGUCCGCUAGUGAGAAAUAACGGACCUCUGCUAUGGAACGUUUUCCUAUCAAAAUCAAGUAUUUUGCACAGCUGUGUGAACAGAUACAACUGAAUACAUAAUAUGAUGAUUAUAAUACAUAAAGUCUUUGAACCAACGCAAACUGGUUUGUCUUCAGCCGGAGUUUAUGAAGUAUUGAAAUUAUUAGUUGUUCAUAAGUUUCAAACUGUGAUAAAAGCAAAUGUGUUAACUCAAGUAACUUGGAUGAGUUCAACCCAGUUCAUGCUCGACAAAAUACAUGAAAUGAUUUCAGGUUGUAACAAACUUGGGUGAGUUUAAAAACAACCCACAUCUCCUCCAUGGUAUCAUGCAUCUACAUUAUAACUUCUGGCUUAGGGACAGUGAAGUUGAAUAAAAGACUAUCAGAGUUUGGACAUGGAGCACACUAGAGUACACAAAAAGGUGGAAAAGUGUUAAAUGGGUUUUUGGACACGCUGUGUGCAUUUAGUUUCAGAUUUGUGUUGUUUUGCUUGUGUGAACACUGGACACUGGUGCAGAAUAACCCCUCUGAUCUUUGAUUUUCAGCAUGUGCAGCUUUUCAUUUCUUUAUAAAACACUUUAAUCUGCUGUAAAUAUCUUUCCUUGUUUAACCAGAUAGCCAUGACAAAGAAACACAGAUCUGCAGAGAGUUUUAUUUUCCUUCUUGACUGUUUUCCUCCAGUUUUGUUCGACUACACGGCCCUCCUGUAUAGGCUGAAUAUGACUUUUUUUUUUUUUCCAGUUUCCUUGUAACUCUUGACAGGUAAUCUAAGCAAAGCCUGUUUUGUUUCCCCUUUUCUGUCCGCUCUGUUUGUGAGGCUGAGGUACAGCAGCAGUUCAACAAGGCCCCCAUUUUAAAAAGUGAACAAGUGCUGCUGCAGGAUGUUCAGAUUUUAGGGGAAGUGAGCAGGUGAAUUAUUGAUCGUGUCUCACAUUCCCCUAAAUGAAGAAGGUCACAUUUCAUUUCUAACGCGUUGCUGCUCUCCUACAAAAACCUUUCGUAGAAGAACAGCAUAAAAAACAUAAAACUCAAUACAAAAGAAACUUUUUUCUUAUGAAUGGUUAUUAAAAUAAUGGAAAGUGUGCGUGUCUGUCUGCAGAAAGAGCCUCUGGACGACUCCGGCUGGACCAUUAAGAACGUCCUGUCUAUGCCAAUUGUCAACAAGAAAGAGGAGAUAGUGGGUGUGGCCACGUUCUAUAAUAGGAAAGAUGGGAAACCCUUUGAUGAAAUGGAUGAAACGCUGAUGGAGGUAAAGGCUGUGUGUGUGUGUGUGUGUGUGUGUGUGUGUGUGUGUGUGUGUGUGUGUGUGUGUGUGUGUGUGUGUGUGUGUGUGUGUGUGUGUGUGUGUGUGUGUGUGUGUGUGUGUGUGUGCAGCACUGAGUCACUGGUUUAUAAAUACACUCAGGCCAUUCAGAGCGUCUGCAUUAUUUAUCUCUGGGCCCCGAGGCUUUUUACUGAAGUUCCUCUCUCUCUCUCUCUCUCUCUCUCUCUCUCUCUCUCUCUCUCUCUCUCUCUCUCUCUCUCUCUCUCUCUCUCUCUCUCUCUCUCUCUCUCUCUCUCUCUCUCUCUCUCUCUCUCUCUCUCUCUCUCUCUCUCUCUCUCUCUCUCUCUCUCUCUCUCUCUGCCUCACUGCUCAGAAUUCAGUUUAAAGACACAACAUGACAGUUUGAUCCUCGUCUGCUCCCUCUAAAUCAAAGUAUUUAUAAUCCUUGACUCUAUUUUGACAUUUGAAUCGGGUUUGGUGUGAUUUUUCCGCAGUUUCACCGGAUCCAUUUCACCAAAGUUUUCUUCAGAGAGCUUUUCGAUUCGGUUUCUUUACCGAUGGCGUGCGGCAGUGUUUAGCAAACAAACAAACACCAGGGGAAAGUCACUGCUUGUAAUAACUCAAGAACAAUUAGGAGGUACUUGUACUGUAAAUUAAUACUGUACCCCAGAGUAUUUCAAGAGGAGAUACUGCACCUUUUCCGCUGUACAGGUGCAGCUCAAAGAAUCAGGAAGCCCUGAAAAAAGUUCAUUUUUUUUGCCAUAAAGUGAAACUUCCAUAUUUUUUAGAUCCAUCACACACAAAGUAAUAUUUGAGGACAGUAGUUUCACAUGUGUUUUAUAAUAAUACAGACAUCAGUGUUCGCUAAUUUGUUCAGUUGCUUUGACACUGCUUCAGAUUAAAUCAAUGACUCUCACUUCUCUUUGGGAAUAAUGGGACAUUCGUGUGUCAUUUAGUUUUGGACUUUUUUUUUUUCCUACUUUAUUUUUAAAUUCAACAAUAUUUUUAUAAGUUUUCUACAGAUAUACACAGGAGACACAUUACAAACACCCCCUUUCCCUCAAAACCCAGUCUACAGCUGGAUAUUUCUAUUACUUUGUUUAAAUAACAAAUUUUGGAGCUAUAACAAAAAAUAAAGAAAAAAAGAAAUAAGUACAUAAAUCAAAAAAAUUAAUAAAAAAAUACAAGUAAGUGCUGGAAUUCAGGUUUUAUAGAUCUUGAAAUACAUGAGAUGUUGAAAAAUAAAAAGUAAAAAAGAGAAUAAGUUAAAGAGAGAAACAAAUGUAGACAAGUCACUGAAAACUGAAAAAGUCCAUAAAAGAGGUAAGAAUUUGAAUUGUAUGAUUGUAAAACAUCACAGAAAUACAUUUUAAACACAGAAAUAUAUUUCAAAAGAAAGAUUUCAUACUUUAUUUUUAUCUAAACACUCAACUGAACACAUUGAAGCAAACAAUUGGUCACCUAUACAUUCAUACUGUUGUUGUUAUCACUAAUAGAAGUACAAUAAUGGCUACAAUCUCUACAAUCUCAUUUUGUUUUGGAGCCUCCAGUAUUCAGAUUUGAACUCCUGUUUUUCUCUGUCUUUCUCCUGCUUACAAACACCCGUGUCCAGUCUCUCACUCAGUUCCUGGGCUGGUCCAUGCUGAACCCCGACACCUACGAUAAGAUGAACAAGCUGGAGAACAGGAAGGACAUCUACCAGGACAUGGUCAUGUACCACGUGAAGUGUCGCAAGGAUGAAAUCCAGCACAUUCUGGUUAGUAAAUAAGUAAGAUCUGUUACAUAAUCAGCCGCUUCUCUGAUAAAUCUUUUAUAGAAACUCAUUUUCAGACUCUUGAUCUAAGCUUCCAGACGGUGUUUUAUGCUUUUUUAGUUUGUGGGUUUCAGGCUCGCUGAAGUGUUCCUAAUAUUUAAAAAACUGGGGAUUAUUUUCCCUCUUUUACUUCAGGUAAAGCUGUUCAGAAAGCUUCAAAAACCUGAACCUCUUCCUAUGACAUUUUCAUUUACACGCCUCGAAAUAUCUAAAUCGCUGAUAUUUUGAAGAAAGGAGUCGAACUUUGCUUCCAUUAUCCCUCAGAUAUUCUCCGUGAUUGUGGUCACGGCGUUGGCCAAAGCGGGAUUUAGCAGCUCCGUCUCCAACACUUCCGCCUCGUUGUCUUGUGUUUUGUCAGCAUUGCAAGCAAGAGCCUGCCUCUGGGUCUUUUUAGCAGAUUUAGACGUCAUUUUGUCGUUUGCUUCGCUUCAAUAAUACUCCGAGGUCAUCACAUAAAUCUCUACUAAUGUUUAAUAAUAACUCUGGCUGUAUCAAAAGUAAAAAGACAGGACAUUUUUUAUUUUCUUAUUUUUCAUGAAAUUAAAACCAGUAACCAAGUAUCCCGCUGCAGGCACUGAAAAAAAGAACGAGGCGAAUCUCCUCACAAAAUUUAAUCCAGUUUGGUUAAAAAAGAGUGCAUUUAAAUCUCUAUAAUCUAGAUUAUCCAUUUUGAUUAUUCCCUUUAGCAAAUUUAGCUUUAGAAGUUUGCAUGUAACAUAAAAUUGAGUUUCAUUGUUCUGUUGAAAAUAAGAAAAAAACCACACCCUCUCCUAAGAUGAAGUGAAGGAAAAGUAAACAGAGGAAAGAAGGACACUUAGAUUAAGUUAAAUUUAAAUAUCAGUUUCAAUCCUGUGGAUUAUGUCCAUGGCUUUUUUCUUUACAGUUGUUAUAAACACACAGCAAAGCCGUUCAGUUUCAAAGCAGUGUGUUAUAUUUGCGGACAUAAAGCAUCGUUUGUAAGCUGAAAUAAACUGUCAGGAUUUCUAUGAGGUGAUUUGUCAGUGGGCAGAGAGAGAGAAAGGACAAAAGCAGGAAGAUGACCCAGUUUGACCUCGGAUCAGGAGUCUGGUGAUUGAUGCUGAAGCGUUUCAUCCAAGGUGAGCGCUGUUAAUGUGUGUGUCCCCCCCAGAACACCAGAGAGAGAUGGGGGAAGGAGCCGGAUGAGUGCGAGGAGGAGGAGCUUCAGGAGAUCCUGGUAAAAACAAACAACAAGAAGAAGAAUCAGUCCACCUGAAAUAUACUGAGACAAAGAAAACCAUUUCCACUCUUAUCCAACACAGACAAUUACAAAGAUGAGGAUGCAACAGAGGAACUCUUAAAUACUUCACUGUUUCUAAUUCUUUCACAUUUUAAAUACUGUGUGAGUAUCUCAAAAAAACAUGGCCAAUAUCUGCAUGAUGAAUUGAUGUUUGUGUUUAUCUCUGUCUGCAGUCGGAGGUUCUUCCACACUCUAAGAAAUCUGAAAUCUUUGAGUUUCACUUCUGCGACUUUGAUCACAGCGAACUCGACCUGGUCAAAUGUGGCAUCAAGAUGUACUACGAGCUGAAAGUGGUGGACAAGUUUCACAUUCCCAGAGAGGUGGGUGGUUCCUCACUAAACAGAGUCAUGUACGAUGGUUUCUAUGCAAAGAGAUUUCAACUUAAGGAGCUCCAGUGUUGAACUGUCUAAAGAUGACAAAGUAAGUUGGAAUCUGUUUUUUGGUUUUCAGACGAUUAAAAAAACAAGCAGGAAUAUGUCAGAUUUUUUGGAGAAAUUAUCAGUACUAUGCAAAACCUGCCCUCAAAUAUAAGAAAAAUACGAAUACAGCUCUGCUUCCACACUAAAGGUGAAGGAGACGGAUCACUGGGAAGAAAAGCAACGAGCAAUUUUCUGUGGCUAAUGCUUACACACUGCUGUUACCUCAGAUAACAGGCCCGGGACAUCAGCAGAGUUUUCUCUGAUGAGGUGAAACUAAAACUUUAACGUGCUUCAGAGGAGAGGCCUGCAACGUCUGAAAGUUUAACAAUUCAUUAAACAGAAAAAUGGACAAAGACAGGGACACAGAUCAGCUUCUGGAGUCAUUCGUUAGCAUCCAAGGCCAACUGUGAACCGAUGACCAGCCUUGGUUGAUUAUCAGGCUGAUAUUUAACAUCUGUAUCAGAAUGAUAUUUUUCCGGUGGCCAAUAAAAUGAAUUGAUUACAAUAUUGGUCGACCCUGUUUCCAGGUUAACUCUGGUACAUUUUUUAAGACCUUGUUAUGGUGCAACAUUUUGUGACUUCACCCGGAUGGGCUGCAUGUGUGAACACAAACAGCCAAAGUUUUACCCUAGCUUUAUGAAGACUUCCUGCUCUAGAAUUUCCUAAAAAAAAUCAGAGUGAUCUAAGUGCGGUAAAUUCACAGGAAGCAAGAGGAUGGAGAGCUGAGAUUUGCUGCUUUAUAUCCUUCACUGCUGGCCUCGGUUGUCUGUAUUUCACUCUCAGCUGUUUUGUUUGCGUUGCUUAUAACUGUUGAUUUUAUACAGUGUUAUAAAAAGGAACAGGAACAGUCAUCAUAACUGAAGUCUUCUACUUUCUCUACAUGUGAUACCCCACCGCCUCCCUCCACUUAAACCAGAGUACAUCAAGAUGUAAGAGCUCCUCUGACAGAGUAGACCACCUGCUGUGAGGUGCACGUGUGAAAGGCAGUUCCUGAAAACAUCAGAGCCCCAAUGUCCUCAAGUUAUCUUCAAAAUGUUAGAAGUUCACGCGCUGAAGGGGCGCAUCUUCAAAGCUCGCAUUUAAUAAGAGGGCCUCCUUUUUCCAAGUGAGGUGAUGAAAACAAGGUCAAAGGCAGGGUGAGGUAACAGCGCCGCUGUAAAAGUGACACAACCCCAGAGAGCCGUAAAACGAACAUGUUUAAACAGCGAGACGUACGAAGGUUUGUUCUUGUUUAGUGAACUGAUAAAAGGAUAUUUUCUGAAGCUAAUGAAAGGCAGGGAUUUCAAAGGGAUGCAAAAUUACAAAUUAGAAAUCAAAGGAGUUUUCAAAGCAAAUAACUGCGGCCCACUGCUGCACCUAACACGAGAAUAAAAAAGUUAAAUCAUCACAAUAAAAGCUCGAUUAACUGUUCUGUUCGGUCAGAUCAGGACAAGAGAAUAUAUAGAAUGAAAAAAAGUGGACAUGGAGCAUUAAACCAAACACAUAGAUGAAUUUUCUGUUCUUGCUUUCGUUGAACCAGGUUUUCAAAAUCCUGCAGGAAAAAAAAAAAUUGUUUGUUUUUGUUAAUAAUUGUGUUGAAAAAUGAUCAGAGAAUAUAUUUUAUCUUCCAGCGUUUUGUUUCGGUGGUUUUAUGUGUUUUACACUAAAUCAUGAACCUGUGUGUGGUGUGCAGGUCUUGGUGAGAUUCAUGUACUCUCUCAGUAAAGGCUACAGGAGGAUCACCUACCACAACUGGAGACACGGGUUCAACGUCGGGCAGACCAUGUUCACCCUGCUGAUGGUAAACUUUCCAACUUUCUAACAAGAGGAUGUGUCUUAGAAAUAAUAUGUGUUUAUUAUGCAGUUAUUAACACUUAUUAAUGUUUAUAAGCAUUUAUAAGGAGCCUGUUAACGAUUUAUUUCAUCUUAUUAAAAGAUCAUCAAUAUAUAGUGUUACUGAAAUGUUCUUUUAUAACUAAAUGUGACAAAGCUGCUUCUUCUACUCUCAAUCCACCUUUCUUUUUCUCCUCAUCUUCCUCCUCCUUCCUCCGUCUCUGUCUUAAACAUUAUUUUCCUCCUUUUUCAUUCCCUGUGUUGUCAUGUUGAAUUUACUGUAUAUGUGAUCACGGCCGCUGAUGUGAAUUUGACUGUUUGUGUGUUUUAGAGAGAAUAAAUGGAGUGUGUCUGUAAAAGAAAUGGGAGUCAGUGAUGCUUGAAGUGGUCAUUACUAAGAAAACCAGUAUGUUGAUCAUGAUCAGCUGAUGCGUGUGUCUGUGUUUGUUUGUUUAUUUGUUUGUUUACGUUCAUGUUGUCAGACAGGUGAUCUGAAGCGGUACUACACAGACCUGGAGUGUAUGGCCAUGGUGACCGCCGGCUUCUGCCACGAUAUCGACCACCGAGGGACCAACAACCUCUACCAGAUGAAGUAAGAGCUGCUGUGAGACAGGAAGGGGGGAACAGUGGGGUUUCUCAGCAUGUCAUUCAAUCAACUAAAAGGUAGUAUAUUUGACGCAGAGAGGCAGAGAGGCUGUUAACUCCUACAUUCUGCUAAAUCAAAUCAAACUUAAGUUAUAAAGCGCUUUUCAUACAAAAGGAUAUAACACAAAGUGCUUUACAGUCAGUUUAAAAAACAAAAACUAUCCCAGAUUCCUCACCCGCACGCACGCACGCCAACGCCCCUGCACAUACACACACUAAGAUAAUGGACAUGAGGCCGAGUACAGAUGAACCAAUUGAGAAAACGCCAUCAGAGGAGCCAUCAGCACCAGGAGCAGAGAUGAGGGAUGUGGCGGACACCAACCUCUACCAGGAACCCCGUGACCGGCCCCUGCAACCACAAGCAACCACUGGUCCCGGUGCCGAGGGCUCCUUCAGAGGAAACACUGGGGGUCCUAAAAAUGAUAAAAGGAUAAAAACAAGUGAAAAAUAAAAUAUGAAUAAAACACAGACCUAAAAUAAACCAAAGCUAACUAGAAUAAAUGAAGAUAUUAAUUAAAAGCUAAGCUAAAAAGGUGGGUCCUGAACCUGCUCUUACAAACAUGAACAUUCUCUGAGGUCCUCUGACAGGCUGUUCCAAAGACGAGGGCCAUAAUAUUGAAAAGACGCCUCGCCAUGAGUGUGUGUCCUGACUUUUGGAAUGACGAGGAGACCGCUGCCAGAGGAGCGCAGGGUCCAUGAAGGUUCAUAGAGUAAAAGCAUUUCUGAAAGAUAAGACGACCCAAGACCAUUUAGACAUUUAAAAACAAGUAAAAGAACCUUAAAAUCGAUCCUAAAACACACGGGGAGCCAAUGCAGUGAUUCUAAAACCGGUGUAAUGUGGGCCCGCCUCCUGGUCUUAGUCAGGACACAUGCUGCUGAGUUUUGUAAUAAUUAUAGUCCUGAUGUAUUCUUUUUGGGAAGACCAGAAAGCAGGGCAUUACAAUAGUCUCUACGACUGCUGAUAAAAACAUGCAUUAGCGUCUCCGUGUUGGCCCGAGAGAGAGUUAGACUCAUGAUUGGUCCAUCUCGGGUCAUUUGAGUCCAUGCGUUUGCUCCCUCUGGCUCCUCUUCUUUGUGUCUCUACCCCGUCCCAACUCCAGCAAUCAGGCGCCCUCUGCAGCAGAUAUGCACGACUUCUGUUCAUGCAGGACGUCAUAUCGUGGCGCAUCAACCAUCGCAGAGCAGAUCGAGGGGGAGAGAGGAUAUUAGACGCUAAACCAUGGUGAUGCCAGACCAUCAUAGUGAGUGGAGCCAGGCCUGGGGUCAAUAGGUCAGAAGUUUUGGAGCUUAAUAAGGAUACGGAGCAAGAAGUCAGACCGCAUCAGAGUGGAGAUUAUUAAACAACAGCAGCUGUCUUUAAAUAUAUUAUUUGGUAAUAAUUGGAGGAUUUCCUGUGACAUUAAAGAGAGAUAUAAACUGAGGUGAAAUCAUAUCAGACUCUGAAGCAGACUGUUAGAGGUAAAUAAAGGAUUAGAGUCGUACUCACCUGCUGUACUGACCCAGUUUUUCUCUCUCUCUCUCGUUUCGGAAAUCAUCUGUUUGGUUUUUCUGAGCGUUUAAUUGACUCAAAGUGACCGCGGCCACUCCCCCCCCAUGUCCAGCCGAGCUGACCUCAGCUCUUUAGGUGAAGGUAAUGUCGCACACUGAGAACAUCAAUGAGCUGAUAUUGACCAGAUACACCUCCAGCUGCUCUGCUCCACCUGCUGAUUGAUGAGCUAAUGAGAGCUGCCAUUAGCCGCAGACGCAGCAGGCCAGGCCCACCCUGGGUUUAACAUGCAUGAUUUAUCACAGCAGAACCUCCCCAACAUGGUUCUGUGUGUGUGUGUGUGUGUGUGUGUGUGUGUGUGUGUGUGUGUGUGUGGGUUUCCAGGUCUGGUAAUCCUCUGGCUAAACUUCACGGCUCCUCCAUCUUGGAAAGACACCAUCUGGAGUUUGGGAAGACACUGCUGAGAGAUGAAGUACGCUACAGUUCACACACACACGCACACACACACACACACACACAAACACACACACACACACACUGCAUCUCUUCAGCUGACUAAUGUACCUCUCUUUUAUGAAAUAAAACAGUAAUUUAAUUCAAAAAGAUUCAUUUUUUCAUCAUUUUUCCUCUGAGGUGAUUUUUCUCCAUUAUUCAUAUUUCAGUCUCUUCCUCUGAGAUCUGUACCUGUUGAUCAGAGUUCAGAUUAGAUGUAUGUUACGUAAAUCAGCGCCCUCCUACACACCUCUCUGUACUUUCUAAAUCCAUGUUGAUGUUUUUGAUCUGUAUUUUCCUCUUGUGUUGUAGUCGCUGAACAUUUUUCAGAAUCUGAACCGCCGUCAACACGACCUCGUCAUCCACCUCAUGGACAUCGCCAUCAUCGCCACGGACCUGGCUCUUUAUUUCAAGUCAGUAAAAACUUGUUUUUUUUCAUUACAUUUUAAUUUUGAUGGUAUUUAAUUAUUUUGAUCAGUAGUUUAAGACAGUUAUGGUGUUUGAUUGUUGAUCCGCCACAGAUGUGUCAUUGAAUGAGUGGCUCAUUCAGAUUUUGAACCCAUAAUAAAAACAUAAUGACACAAUAUAUAAAAAUCUGAUAUUUUUAGUAGUUUUUAAAUAAUUUAAACUCAGUUUUUUAUUAGAGUUGUCAGAUUUAGAAACUGGAGUGUCUUGUUUUAUUAACAGUAAAUGCCCAUUUUAACCUUGAUCAGCAGGUUUCAGAUCAGUUCCAGGGACAUAUUUAUCCUUUUGUCUUCAACAACACCCUGUAAACAUUUGAGAACAGAGGAGGAAAGUUUCUGGAGCUCUGAGGAUGAAAUAUGUCCCUGUUCAGACCUGGUUCAGGGUUUAAGCUGCUCAACAUUUUGGGGUCUUGUUUAAAUCUGGCGUCUCUUUGCAUGUUUUAGUUUUUAAGUGCAUUUUUAGAUGCAGCAAUGAACCAACGGUUUAUGGAAGUGGUUUUAUACCCAUACAGUGACUUCUACUUAGGGCUGGGGGAUAUGGCCUCAAAGAUCACAUCAGUCUGAAAUCAGACUUAAAUCAGAUCAAAUCACUUACAUCUCACCAAAGUUUGUUCCUAUCCUCAUUUUACACGACACACUGGCCGAUGUUUUAUUAAAAAAAGAACUCUGACCUCUUAAUCUUGAAUUGAAAAAGCAACAAUCAAUUGAAUAACUUUGAGUAACCGCUGAAAAAAGUGGGGUAUUCACAGCUGCCCACCUUCCCACAACACCAUGUGACCUUUGACCUCAGUCAAACACAAACAGAUGAGAUAUCAUGUGUUGAUGUGCAGCAAACACAAAAUGACGAGCCUGUUUGGUAACCCACCCACAAACCCAGAACGGCGCCAAAACCUGGAGCUGAUGGAGAUGGUGGUUUCUGAAUCAGCCUCUACAUCAAAACAUCAGAUACAACAUGAAGUGGAGGGUUCAGGGGCUCGUGUGUGUAACACUAAUUCACAGUGAGGAUUAACAGUCUGUGUGUGUGUGUGUGUGUGUGUGUCCACAGGAAGAGGACCAUGUUCCAGAAGAUUGUGGACCAGUCCAAGACCUACGAGAACUGGAGCGACUGGACCAAAUACAUGAUGCUGGAGACCACGCGCAAAGAGAUUGUCAUGUAAAAGCUCACACACACAGACACACACACACACAGAGGAAACCAUGUGAUACGCAGACACACUGAACUCAGCCGUGUGUUGUGUUUCCAGGGCCAUGAUGAUGACUGCAUGUGACCUGUCCGCCAUCGCCAAACCGUGGGAGAUUCAGAGCAAGGUACGCACCUGUGUGGUCUCGGUAACCUACAGGGUCCUUUCAUACCUCGCAGCGGUGGUUGGAAAAUGGCUCUCCAGCUGUUCGCCGUAAUAAGAGACACGCUCUCUGUGGAGGGGGACCAAUGAUGAAGUAGACGCAGAAAGACAUUCUGUCAGCGCUGCCAUUCCUCUCAGCGGCGUUCAGCAGUGAUUCCUGACGACCUCAUGCAUCAAAAGCUACUUGGUGCUUUUCAUUCCCCUCAUCACCGCCUGGCAGGCUCAAGUGUGUUAUUUCUCCAAAGCAUGUAAUAGACACAUCGCAAUAAAGCCUGCACAUACGGGCGUAUCAAUAUAAACAGAAAGCAGUUCUGGCUGUUGGAAAGCUGCUGCAGCUGGAGGUGAUUUUUUACCUUUAUUUGUUGACUGGAAGCACAUACUCUUUCAAAAACACCUCCUCCCCAUCUCUUUACACACAAAUGAAUUCAAAGAGACUCGUAGCAAUUCCAUCAAAAACCCAUACCAUAGAAAAAUCAGCGGCAGUCAUUUAGAGCACUGCCAGUUUCGUCCUGGUGAAGCUCUGAAUGCUAAAGUGAAUCCCCCCCCCCUCAGGGAUGUGGCUCCUAUCAGGGCCGGCUGGAUAAAUUCAAAGAUUUGAGACAAUUAACUCAAGAAUUUCCUCCAGUUUCUGUGUGUUUUAGUGGAUUAUUUAACCUCUUUAGGGCCACAAAAUGAGUGGAAUAAGAUGAUUAAAAAUAAAAGCUCCUGGUGGAAUCGGUCCCGCCCUUAAUAGGUCUGUAACAACACGGACUCACAAGUAAACACAAACUAUCUUAAGGCUCAAGAGCUGAACAUGUUCGAGGUUCAGUUCCAGAGGUGCUUACAGGAAAAUUAAAACACACAAUUCAUAAGUUGUCUUUAUCAUACAAGGAGUAUUAAGAGAAUUUAACUAAGACAAAAGCAAUGUAGAGAAAGAAAACAUGCAGGAUUUAUAACAGAAGAAGAAACAUAGGAAGCAGAUCGAUGAUCGGAGCUGCUGGUGAACUACCAUCAAAGCGUCAAUGUUGACGAAGAUUUAAAGUUGUCAUGUUUGCUUGUUGACGCUAAAAUAACCAGUUAAAAUAACCCAUAAUGCUUUACGGCCUGGGUGUAAACCAGCACAGAUGACAGUUGGCGUCUUGUAGUGUCGGAUGUGUCUGGUUAAAAACAGGUUACCUUGUAGUAGGGCUGGGCGAUAAACCGAAAAUUUACCAAUACUGAGAUUUGCGACAAUAAUCGACAUUAUUUUGCCCGUAUCGGUAUAUUCGGUGUCAAAAAAGUAAAUAAAUAAAAGUUUGUUUUGGAUGUGUGUAGGUAGGCUAUGGUCUCAUGUCCCUUUAAGACGCUGUCCUACGUAACAAAGAGGGAAAGACAGGUGAGGAGAUGGAGGACGGUUCAAAAGUUGUAGCGGCUGAAGUAGAGGAAGUUAAUGUGGGAGGGGGUGAGCAGCUUGUGGAGUAGUUAUCGUCCAUUUAUCGUUAUCGAGGUGAACUGAUCAAUAUAUCGUGAUAUUGAUUUGAGGCCAUAUCGCCCAGCCCUACCCUGUAGCAUGAGGUCCUUGUCAUAACUCUGCAGAGUAAAAGCUUUCUGUCAAAAAGUUCACAGUCAUCAAACCAGGCGGGGAAAUUUAAUCAUGCUGUUUUCCUGCCUUAUAAACUUACUAAAGUACAAACGAAAUCAGGACUUUUACUCAUCCUGCGUUGCACAACUGUUGCCAAUUAGGAUAUCCCACUUUUCAUUUUUAGUGCAUCUUCUCUCUCCUGUUAGAUUUCACCUUUAUGUGCACCUGGUGAGUCAGCUCUACAUCCCACUCACUCUGACAGAUUAUCUACUGCGUCGGCCUCCCUCCUGUGAGUUGUGCUCUAAAAGUGGUCUGAUGACUAACUCGUCCUCUAAAAGGUGAAUUCCAGCCUGAAUAUCCCCAUAACAUAUUGUAUCUGUCAAAUGAAACAUUACAAACUCCAGUUUGAAAGAUGAUUAUAGGAGGAGAACUGCAAUGCAGAGCGGAUCCUUCAAAACAGACUCAAGUCGAAUCAGUAUGAAUCACCGGCAGUGUUGGAUGACUCUCUAUCACAGCUCCACUUUGUUGGAUUCCUGCAUGAAAACGACCUGAAAUACCGGAGAAUACACCCAGAUUUUCAAGUAUUACAUAUGUGUGUUCCUGUUUCUGAUGUUGAAAAAACAAUACCCCGACCUGCUUCAUUCUUGAUGAGAUAUUUCACUGACAUUUUUAUGACGCAUUUCAUUCUUUACACCGUUUUUUUGCUUCCCACGCAGACAGAAUAUCUUCUCCACAGGCUGCAGCAGCCUCAUGGCAAUUGUUUCCCCCUAAAAAAGGCUGGAUGACUAACUCUUUCUAAAAUGAGGUUUCUACCCUGAAUGCAGAAUCCACAUAUUAUUCAUCGCAUCUCUCGUUGCUCCGUUUUUGGUCUUUGAGAGCUGACAAAACAGGCUUUCAUUUCAUCAAGACACAAAGCCUGUAACUGCCGCCUGAUCCGGGAACAAGACUCUCAUUUAUGAGAUAUUGUGAAAGCUUUACUGGAGGAUUUAAACAACAUGUGAGGGAAGAUUUCCUGCUUGAUAAAACGCCACUCAUAUCAGCGCCAUGAAGAAUGGGCCGUAUGGGACCGUUUCAGCAGAACAGAUAUUUCUGAGGUUAUUAGUUUCAAUUUGUCAACGGAGAGGAAGUACAACAGGCAUUUGGAUGAACGAGUGAUCAGAUAAGAGAAGAGCACACUUGAUUUAGCUCGCAUCAGGAUAAUAGAGUCACUUAUUCUGGUCUUAUUGAACACAUUUGGGCUCUCCAGUGGUUUCUUAAUUAAAAAUACUGAAAGUAAAACAUAAUGGGUUGAUUUCCCUCCUCAUCCUCUAGGUGGCGCUGUCUGUAGCUGCAGAGUUCUGGGAGCAGGGAGACCUGGAGAGGACCGUCCUGGAGCAGCAACCCAUUGUAAGAACACAGAGACGCUAAUGAGAAGGUCUGGACAGCAUGGUGCUAAAUCCCACUGUGCUGGGCUAUCUAUAAAUGACCUUUGACCUUUAUGAAAGUUGUUUUUCUGCAGUCAGUGAAGUAAAAUAAUAAUAAUAAGUAAGAUAAGAAGUAUUUUAGCUUUUAAUCAGCAAAAAAAAAAGAACAAAACAAAACCUGCAACUGUAAACAUAUUUUUAUUCUGUUUGCAUCCUCCAAGCUGGAUCCUUUGUUACUUUAUAAGACUCUUUUUGGUGAUAAUAAUAAUUAAUAAAUCAGCGCAUAUGUUGGCCUUUAGUUCGAGCACAAAUAAGGAAAUAUUACUGCUGAGUUGCAAAAAAAAGAAGUACCUGGAUCUCUCUUUGCCAACUUUUUCUUUCUCUCCCCCCCACUCUCUCUUUUUUUCUGAACCGGGAGGCUAAAGUUUGAGAGGGAAUGAGGGAGGAUUUGGUGGGCGGACAGGAAUGAUAGGAAAUAAAGCAGGACAAGCCUCUCCUUAGGGCUUCAAUUUAGGAUGGAGAGCAGGAAGGACACGAUGAGAGCGAAGGAGAAGAAGAGACAGAAUCGCAGCGGGGAGACGAAAUGAAAAGACAGAUUUAGUUCCCCGUGGCGGCCGUGUGGAGCGGUGUUCAGGCCAUUAUGUGGAGCACUGAUACAGAAAGAGCGGGCACUGUGGCCCUAACCUAGCCGAGCGUCCCCUCCCUCGGCUCCCUCUCCCCUCCUCACUCGGUCUCACUCCCUCCUGUCCUUGAGACACUUGAAGUGUGAGAAGCGCUGUCCCACACUCCCUCACCUCGCUCCGCUCUGAAUUUAAUAGCAUCUGUGUCAGCGGGGAGAACUUUUCAUUUUGAUCAGUUUGUAUUUUCCCAGCAGUCAAUUCUGUGACUCGCUGUGGUCCGACAGGAAAGAAAAAAAGACUCAGCAGAGGUCGCAACACCUGAACAGUUUUCAUCAGGAAAUGUAGGUGCACAAUUUUGCCAGCAAUUACAGCCACCGUCAAGUUUCUUACAGCUGUGUGACGGCUUUUUACAGCUCUGUGCUGCCGGGUAAACAGUGUACCGUGAACAUGUGUGUGUGUGUGUGGUCUCCUGGAUCUAAUGUUUGUACAAGCUGAAGUUUAUCAAAUAGAGACUCCUCUCUUUAGCGUGGAAAGUUCACAUUUAAUCUCUGCAAAGAAAAGGAUUUUUGAGUGUUUUUAAGAAGUCGUAGUUUCAGCUUCAAACGUCAUUUUUUCUUCAUACAAACUGUUUUUUCACUCGGGUUCAUCUUUGUAGCUGCUUUUUUUACAGAAGCCUAUUUUUCCAUCAGCAUACAGAGGCGUCCAUAUUUCUCUAAGACAGUCUACAUUGCUCUCUUACGUUGCGUCACUCUCGUUCUGUCACAGUCAGCUGGUCGUUUUGGUGAUGGCCUGUCAAUCACAACCACCCACAAAGCAUAUCCCACUUUAUUGAAUGUUCUGCUUCAAAUGCAGCAACAGUUUAAAAAAAUACACCACGCUUUGUUGAAAAAGACUGGAGUCAGCGGCCGAGACCACAAACUAAAUAGGAAAAAUGUUCACCGGCAUAAUAAAUCAAGUAACAGUGAAAACAUUUUCUCUAAAACCUCAUUACAAGAAGACUAACUUCCACUCAGGUCGUUUAUUUUGCAACAAGUCGUUUCAGGGAAAAAAACUGUUUAAUUAAAAGUUUUUCAUCCGAGCAGAAAACAAGAGUUGAAAAAUCAGCUUUGAACUUCAAGUAUCAGCGGUAAAAAAGGAAGGAUAACUUCAUCAUACGUCUGUUUUUUUAAAGCAAGAUUAAUCAGUUCACUUCUGAGCUUUAUUGAUCUGCAGCUGCAAAAAACAGAAACAUGGAGCAUCACAGGAGCGAACGACCAACAGUUUGAGUUAAAGCAAAUCUGAUCAUCAAAUAAGAGUGUCAAUGAAAAUUGUGCAAAAGUGGCUGCAGGAGAGGAUUAUGGGUACUUUUUUAGAUUUCAGGAUGAGUGAUCACUACGACAGAGUAUGAGGGCCACACUAAGAAAAUAAUUAAGUCUUUGACUCACGAGAAUAAAAUAAUUACUAAUGAGAAUAAAGUCGUAAUAAAAUCAUAACUACAAAAGAGGAUUAGGGCCACAUGAAGAGAAAAGAAAAUUACAGGAAGGGGAUUAAAAUCAAAGAUUUGAGAUUAAAGUCGAAAGUUUGAGAUUUAAAAAUCGAAAUUAUGUCAAUAAAGUCGAAAUUUCGAGAUAAAAUAAUGGAAACUUCAAGAUUAUGACAUGUCGUGAAUAAUGUCAAAAUUUCCAGAUUAAAAAAUUUUAAUUUUAAGAUUCAAGUCAAAAUUUUGAGACCUGAAUAAAGCCGUGAUUUUGACUUUUAAAAUUUAAACUUUAGUCUCAAAAUUCCGACUUUAAUCUCUAAAUGGAAAUGUAAAAAAUCUCUCUUCUGUAAUUAUGUCUUUCUCUUCUCGUGGCCCUUAUCCUCUUUACUCACGAGAAUAAAGUCGUAAUAAAAUCAUUAUUCACAAGAAUAGAGUCGUGCUUCACAUGUGUAUAUGUUUAACUCUCUUUCUCUCUAUUUUUCAGCCAAUGAUGGACAGAAACAAAGCGGAGGAGCUCCCAAAGCUGCAGUGUGGUUUCAUCGACUUUGUUUGCUCCUUUGUUUACAAGGUCAGAAUUUUUCACACACAGAAACUUUCAUCACUGAUUCUCAUUUACAGUAAAUUUUAAAAACAGUUCAGGUUUGAAGCGGGAUCACCAUCAUCAGAUUAUUCACAUCAUACAGAUGUUAUUAGACAGAUUACAGGUCCUUUAUUGUCUGCGUAGGUUUCCAGGUCAUGGUUAUCCAAGGCUUGAUCUAAAGGCAGAAAUGGACCUGGUCUGAGUCUUCUAGAACUGAAACCAAGUCCAGCUCCUCUUUGGAUCAACCCUUCAGUACAUCUGCUUUAAUGUAUUAAAGAUUCAGAGUCUGCAGAGUUGACUCUCCACCUGUUUCCCAGGAGUUCAGCCGUUUCCACGUGGAGAUCACUCCGAUGCUGGACCGUCUGAUGAACAACAGGAAGGAGUGGAACGCCCUGAAGGAGGUGCAUGAGGCCAAAAUGGCGGCACUUGAGGAGGCCAAGAAAGCCAAGGAGGGAGCUCAGAGAGGUGGAGGAGCCGCACAAGGUAAGAGAUGCAAACACACUUAAAAAUAAAAAUGAGUGAAUUGAGCAUAGAGCUAGUUCAGGCAGGCCACAAAGUCAGGAUCAGUCCAUAGUAGGUGAGCUGAUCCAAUCCCAGCUUUUGAUGCUGUGUCCCUUGGGGGAGGAUGAAGUCUUUGCUGCUGCUCCUCCUGCCCCACCAUGAGGGGAGGUGUGCUCUGCCCGCCUCAUGUCUGUGGAAGGGCAGAAAGCUGUUAGAGUCCGAGCAAUAACUACCAAAUAUAACGUACUGUGUGGAAAAGGUUAUGAAUGUGGUCCUGACUGAACUCUGAUUCACGUGGGAUUAAACGCCUCUGAGCUUUAACAGUCCAUGUAUCAGGUUUGGGGUGAAUUCUAGUGCAAAAUUUAUGCCAAGGCUGCUGCCGGGUAAAUUUAGACAUACCAGAGUAGACACUUGAAAAGAGAAGAAGUUUGUUUUCUCUUUUAAAAAAAUCUCUUCAUUCUCCUUCUGUCCUCCUGCAGGCAGCGGGGCCCAGUCCAAGACUUGUCUCCUCAGUUAG